CUCACUCCUGCCCCCGCGGGAUACUCACUCCUGCCCGGGCCGGGGCUCCCCCGCUCCCUCUCCUCCUGCCGCCGCUGCCGCCGCAGCCUCACUGGGCGGCGCCGAGGCGGCCCCGCCGAGCCGCGCACCUGCCGCAGGCAAGUCCCAUAGCCGCCUAUAACUGCCGGUGCCGUAAAGCGAGGCGCGGGCGGCGCGACAGCCGCGAGGUCCUUUGAGCGAAGAUGGCGGCGGGGGAGUCGAAGUCGGUGCUGUUCGUGUGCCUGGGAAACAUCUGCCGCUCUCCAAUAGCUGAAGCGGUUUUCAGAAAACUUGUGACUGAUGAGAAGCUUGAAAAUAAGUGGAGGAUAGACAGUGCAGCGACAUCUACCUAUGAAAUAGGAAGCCCUCCUGACUAUCGAGGACAGAAUUGCAUGAAGAAGCAUGGCAUUCCCAUGAGUCAUAUUGCCAGGCAGAUUACUAAAGAGGAUUUCCAGACCUUUGAUCAUAUUCUUUGUAUGGAUGAGAGCAAUCUAAGAGAUUUGAACAGGAAAAGCAACCAAGUUAAGGACUGCAAGGCCACAAUUGAGCUACUUGGAACUUAUGAUCCACAGAAACAGCUUAUCAUUGAAGAUCCAUACUAUGGGAGUGAAAAGGACUUUGAAACUGUUUACGAGCAAUGUCUUAGAUGCUGUAAAGCAUUUUUGGAGAAGUAUCGUUAAUGCUUCAUCAUAUAAUUUCUAAAAGAAAAUAAUUAGCUUCUUCUGAAAUAUGUAAAGUUUACUUGAUUGAUGUAUUUAAAUUGUAAAAUUAUGCCUCUAGAUUCAGUACUUACUCAGUUUAAUUUUGUAUUUUAGCUGUUCUGUCAUCUAAUAAAAAAUAUAGAAAGGUUUUAAUCGGAUUACAUGAUCAACCAUUUUGCCACACAUCAAUGUAGUUAUAAAGUAUAAAUUUUUCUGUAAACUCUUCAAGUGCUUUCUAACAAGCACUGCAAAGGUAACACCUUGCUUCUUUAUAUGUAAUGCUAACUGAACUGAGGUCUUGUCCUCAGUGAGUUGAUUUCAGUCAACUUUCAAUGGUAGUCUGUGAGAUAAUAAUUGAUGUAUAACUUAGGUGUGUCAUCCCAGUAUCAUUAGGCAGCCUUUGGAUGGAAGCUGUUUCACAUGGAGCCUGCUAGACUAAACCAUCUGCUGCCUGAUAGAACUGGCUAAGUCUUCCUUUAGCCUUCUGGUCAGUUCCUAGCACACUGACACAAGCACAAGUAACACAGCAUUUACUUUGAGGAGAAAACAUAGCUGCUUUAAAGCUGAAAUGUGAAAUCACAUAUUGUAUCUCACAGUAGUAAAAUAGUCAAGUCCAUGCAAUACAGUGGAUGAGAAAUUUGCUGUAAUCCCAGUUCCUACAUGAGGGUCAGACAGUAUUUCCAGAUUUACUCAGGAGGAUGUACAGCAUGUCAAAAGUGUUCUUUGAGAGUAUAGUUCAGUGUAAAGACAACCUAUCUGUAAUAAAAUAGUAAGUUAGCAGAAGGCCAGUAAGUAGACAGUUCUGCUCUUGGACAAAAUUUGAAUGCUUUGUAAAAGUCUAUACCUGCUUUUCUGAGUAUCACCCUUCCUGUCUGCCUUAGACAUGUAAAUGUAACUGAGAUCAGUAAUAUAAGUGAUACCAUGAUGAUUUUCCUGUUUUGAAUAUUCUCAGCAUUGGUAUCAACUAGCAUUGCCACAUUAUCUGUAAAACUGGAUCUAUAAAAUUUGUUUUCUUA